ACUCGUACUCAUAAUUCUGCUUGCAAUCUAACUCAUCGUUCAAACUGAGUGUGUACGCCUUCCAGUAAAGGUCGCUUGAAGCUCGUGUGUUUUCCUGGUGAAUUUUAAAUCGUUAACUCUCAAACUAAUCAACAUGACUACCUACUUCAACUACCCACCAAAGGAUGUCCAGGAGGAGCUGGCCCGCAUCGCCAAGGCUAUUGUUGCUCCCGGCAAGGGUAUUUUGGCUGCCGAUGAGUCGACCGCCACCUGCGGCAAGCGUUUCGCUGAUAUCGGCGUAGAGAACAACGAGGACAACCGCCGCCAGUACCGUCAGCUGCUGUUCACCGCCGACAAUCAAAUCUCGAACAACAUCUCCGGUGUCAUCCUGUUCCACGAGACACUGUACCAGAAGGCCGACGACGGUACCCCGCUGGCCGAGCUGUUGAAGAAGAAGGGAAUCCUGGCCGGUAUCAAAGUCGACAAGGGUGUCGUCGAUCUGUACGGCUCGGAAGGCGAAUGCACCACUCAGGGUCUGGACGAUCUGGGUGCACGCUGUGCUCAGUACAAGAAGGACGGUUGUGAUUUCGCCAAGUGGCGUUGCGUUCUGAAGAUCGGCAAGAACACCCCUAGCUAUCAGUCAAUCCUGGAGAAUGCUAACGUAUUGGCUCGCUACGCUUCCAUCUGUCAAUCACAGCGAAUUGUCCCGAUCGUCGAGCCUGAGAUCCUUCCCGACGGUGACCAUGAUCUGCAGCGUUGCCAGAAGGUUACCGAAACCGUGCUGGCCGCCGUGUACAAGGCGCUGAACGAUCACCACGUCUUCUUGGAGGGUACUCUGCUGAAGCCCAACAUGGUUACCGCUGGCCAGAGCUGCCCGAACAAGCCAUCAGCUCAGGACAUCGCUUUGGCCACCGUGUUGGCUCUGCGUCGCACCGUUCCGGCUGCCGUGCCCGGAGUUACCUUCCUGUCGGGAGGACAGUCCGAGGAGGAAGCUUCCGUCAAUCUGAACGCCAUCAACCAGGUACCGCUACUGAGACCGUGGGCUCUUACCUUCUCGUAUGGACGUGCCCUGCAAGCUUCGGUACUGCGAGCCUGGGGUGGUAAGAAGGAGAACAUCAAGGCUGGUCAGGACGAGCUCAUCAAGCGCGCCAAGGCCAACGGACUGGCAUGCCAAGCAAAGUAUGAGGCCGGUUCUAUUCCUUCCUAUGCCGCCAACGCUAGCCUGUUUGUGAAAGCGCAUGCCUAUUAAAAGACGUAGCCAACAAUAAUGGCAAGAUUGUGCUCGAUCAAUCCGACUGCUAUGAGAUAGCUUCCAAAAGAAAUCUUUACACCUCACACACCUCACAUUGAUUGGCAUCAGCAGCGGCAGCAGCAAAAUCAACAAUAAUACAAUAAGCACAACAAAGAGCGGACAUGUUAUUAAUAGCACUUACUCUAUUGCUAAGAUUCUAUCAAUAUCACUAACACACACGCACACAAACACGCAAACGCACAAAAGCACACAAUCGUUUUCAGGUUUAGCCAACUGUGCACUGCCCUCACAACAAAACGAUAGACAUAGAAAAAGUAUAGAUGAGACUAACACCUUCAUGCAAGCAAUUUGCGACAGAAUAGAUUGCAGGAUUUCCUUGCUUUUACACUAAAUCUUGAAACGAUACGAUCUUUUGCACAUUUUUAGUAUGAUUUCAACACUUUUUGUUGUUAGCUGUAUUGUGUGCCUAACCUUCUAAAUUUUGCUUACUAUACCCUCAAAAGGAGAUUGAAGCAACUGUUCUAGUAUGCAGAAGCUGGUCGCAUAAGCAUUCCAUUUGCUGUCAAUUGGCAACCGAUACGUAUGAAUACGUUGCUUGAAUCUUCUCCCCUUUUUUUAAGGUUUUCUUUUCCGUUAUAUGUGUUAUAGAACUAUAGAUUACUUUAAUGUUGACGGUUCAAUAGAUGACAAAAGUAUCGGUUGAGUGCAUUUUAGCUUGAACAAGUUUAUGAUUUUGUACAAAAAAUAUACGCUUCCAACUGCAAUUGGCUUAUGUU